AUGCCGCUCCCGCUCGCGCAGAUCGUGACCGUGGCCGUCAGCUACUUCGCGCUGUUCUCCGUGCCGAAGCUCCUCCGCCUUGGGCAGCCCCACUUCCACCCGCACGCGUGCAGCAACCUCGAGGCGGCUCUCGCCGCGAACCUGCGCGGCCAGGACGACGCCGCGCGCGAGAUCGCCAGCGCCAUCUGCGACCACCUCGCGGACCCCGCCCCGCAGCGCCCGCUCGCGAUUUCCCUCCACGGGCCCCCAGGCGUCGGCAAGUCGCUGUUCCACCUCCUGGCCGCGCGCGCGCUCUACGGCCUCUCGCGCCCGGGCGAGCUCCGCGCGUGCCCCGGCAGUUCGUGCCCCGGCUACGACGUCGUGUACGGCGUCGACUUCGCUCCCGGCGCGGAGGGCGACGCGCAGUGGCGCGCCGUCUCCGAGCGGCUCCGGCAGCACAUGCAGGACUAUCCCGAGAGCCUCGUCGUGCUCGAAGAGUACGACCGAAUGCCGUGCCAGGCGCGGAGGGUGCUGCGGCGGCUGAUCGACCACGGACGAGCGCUGAACGCCACGGCGCCGCGCAGCAUCGUGAUUCUGGAGUCCAACCUAGGCCUCGGGCUCGUGCAGAAGCUCGCGUCGGGGCUGCGUGCGGGGACGGUGACGCGCGAGGCGUCGCAGCGGGCGCUCAAGGAGUUGGUCUUCGAGCGCUGGACGGGGGGCGACGCGGCGGGCGCGCAGUGCCAGGACGACGGCGGGGGCCUCGGGGACGACGGCGAGACGGCUCGCGCGCUGUCGAUGGUGCGGCACUUCGUGCCGUUCCUCCCGCUGGACCGCGACGCCGUGCGGGAGAUUGCGCGCAUGGAGCUGGACGUUUGGGCCAGGGAGCUGCGGCAGAGGGUCGGGCUGGCGCUGUCGUGGCCGCGGGAGCUCGAGGCGUGGAUCGCGGCGCGCGUGGAGUACGCGGGGGAGUUCAGCGUCGAGGGGGGGCGCGAGGUGGCACCGCUGGUGACGCGGUACGUCUCCGUUGCCAUCCGGAGGGAGCUGGCCAGACACGGGCUGUCGUUGAACGUCAAGCCCAGGGACCGGCAGCCGCAGCGCGGCACCGUCGAGCUGACGGUCGCGGACAGGAACACGGUGCGCGCGCACGUGCGGAUGGGCGCCGCCCGUGUUGCUGGGAGGGCGCCGGAGCUGUGA